UAAAACAACUGUUAUUAGUCAGAUCCCCUACGGCAACUCAUCAUCUCCUCUUUUCAGUUCUUCACUUGUUUUUCAACUCAUCUUUUUUCUGUCAUCCCCUCAAGCAAUGGAUUGUGUGAGCCCAAUCUUGGACGUCGCCACCCGCUUGUGGGAUUGCACCGCCAAGCGUGUAGUUUAUAUUCGUGAGCUUGAAAAAAAUCUCAACUCUCUGGAGCGCUUGACGAAGGAACUGAGCAACUUAAGAACGGAUGUGAUGGAUAAAGUUGAGCGUGAGGAGGAGGAGGAGGUACCACAGCGUAGGCGUAAGAAUGAAGUGGGUCGUUGGCUCAGCGCUGUACAAGCCAUGGAAGAAGAAGUGGAAGAAAUAUUGCAAAAUGGGCGUCAAGAAAUCCAACAGAAAUGUCUCGGAACCUGUCCCAAGAAUUGUAGGUCAAGAUACAGGCUGGGGAAGACUGUGACUGAAAAGAUUAAUGCUGUGACUGAAUUAACGGACAAAGGGCGGCAUUUUGAUGUUGUGACUGAUAGGUUGCCUCGUGCUCCGGUGGAUGAGUGGCCGAUGGGGAAGACUGUGGGCUUAGACUUGAUGUUCGAGAAGGUUCGGAGAUGCCUGGAAGAUGAGCAAGUAAGAAGUAUUGGGUUGUAUGGAAUUGGGGGUGUUGGAAAAACGACCCUCUUGAUGAAAAUCAAUAAUGAGUAUUUUGGUAGAAGUAACGAUUUUGAUGUGGUGAUAUGGGUAGUGGUGUCGAAACCAAUCAGCAUAGAAAAAAUUCAAGAAGUGAUUCUGAAGAAAUUAUCGACCCCAGAGCACAACUGGAAGAGUAGAAGCAAGGAGGAGAAGACUGCAGAAAUUUUCAAGUUGUUGAAAGCCAAAAACUUUGUGAUAUUGCUUGAUGAUAUGUGGGAGCGACUCGAUCUCUUGGAGGUGGGGAUCCCUCAUUUGAGUGAUCAAACGAAGUCCAGAGUAGUAAUCACUACGCGAUCUGAACGAGUAUGCGAUGAAAUGGAAGUUCAGAAGAGGAUGAGGGUAGAGUGUUUGACACCGGGUGAAGCAUUUUCUCUGUUCCGUGACAAGGUUGGUGAGAAUAUCUUGAAUUCACAUCCGGAAAUAAAAAGGCUUGCAAAGAUUGUUGUUGAAGAAUGUAAAGGACUGCCACUUGCCCUCAUCGUCAUUGGGCGAUCAAUGGCUAGCAGGAAAACUCCUCGACAAUGGGAGCAAGCAAUUCAAGAUCUGAAGAGUUACCCAGCAGAGUUUUCAGGUAUGGGAGAUCAAGUAUUUCCAAUUUUGAAAUUCAGUUACGAUCACUUGGACAAUGAUACCAUCAAAUCAUGUUUCCUAUAUUGUUCUAUAUUCCCUGAAGACCAUGAAAUUAGGAAUAAAGAACUCAUAGAUCUUUGGAUCGGGGAGGGGUUUCUGGACAAAUUUGCUGAUAUACAUAAAGCACACAAUCAAGGAGAUGAGAUUAUUAGAAGCUUAAAACUUGCAUGUCUCUUGGAAGGUGAUGUAUCGGAAGACACUUGUAAGAUGCAUGAUGUGAUCCGUGACAUGGCUCUUUGGUUAUCAUGUGAAUCUGGGAAAGAAAAGCACAAAAGUUUGGUAGUAGAAGAUGUUGAGUUGAUUGAAGCAUAUGAAAUUGUGAAAUGGGAAGAAGCUCAACGGAUUUCACUAUGGGAUUCUAAUAUCAAUGAAGGACUCUCUCUAUCACCCUGUUUCCUCAAUCUCCGAACUUUGAUUUUGAGAAAUAGUAGCAUGCAUUCACUUCCAAUUGGAUUAUUCCGAUCCAUGCCUGCCAUAAGAGUUUUGGAUUUGUCAGGUAAUGGAGGAUUAGCGGAGUUACCUUUGGAGAUUUGCAGAUUAGAGAGUUUGGAAUAUCUGAAUCUAUCAUACACAGAUGUUUAGUAUGCACCAAAGCCACCUUUUCCAGUCUAUUGGGGAAUAUGAUCAAGUUGGAGUGUUGCAGGAGCUGGAGUGCUUGCAAUACCUGAGUUGGAUAACAAUCAGCUUAGUUACAGUCCCUGCUGUUAACAAAUAUCUCACCUCCUUGAUGCUGCAGAAGUGCAUACGAGAUCUACACAUGGAGUGCCCAGGUUUGAAGGAGGUGGAGCUGCCACUUUCGACUUUGCAAACACUCACUGAGCUUGAAUUUGAAAAUUGUAAUGAUUUGGAACGUGUUGAAAUAAAUAUGGGACUGUCUCGAGGUCAUAUCUCAAACUCAAACUUCCACAACCUUGUUAAUGUGACUAUUUUUAAGUGUCGAUUCUUGAACCUGACCUGGCUUAUUUAUGCUCCAAGCCUUGAGUCCCUGUUGGUUCGCAGUAGUCGUGAAAUGAAAGAAAUUAUAGGGAGUGAUGAGUGUGGAGACUCAGAAAUUGACCAACAAAAUCUCAGCAUAUUCUCAAGACUUGUGGUGUUACAGUUGUAUGAUCUCCGAAUCUAAAGAGUAUCUACAGGUGGGCCUUGCCAUUUCAUUCCCUCAAAAAGAUCGUUGUACGUCAUUGUCCAAAUCUAAGGAAAUUGCCAUUGAAUUCCAGUAGUGCCACCAACAACAAUUUAAAAGAAAUUAUUGGCUUUACAAGCUGGUGGGAGCAGUUGGAGUGGGAGGAUGACAACCUCAAGCGCACUUUCACGCCGUAUUUCAAAAGAUGGUGAUUGAAAGGAGGAGAUGGUUGUAGAGUUAUAUGUUAUGGAGGUUUGUAGGAAUUGUUAGGUUUCCUUCAAUUCCUUUAAUUUCCUCCCUGUUUUGUGAGAAAUCCAUUGGUCUUCCUCUCCCAGGUACAUUUUUUGUUUUUACUUCUAUUUGUUUUAUGUUAUGAGAGAUGUUUUAAUGCAACAAAGAAUUGUCAAAGAGGCGAGAUUCUCAUGAUAGGCAAAUGGGAUGAUUGUUUUUGUAGGACAAGUUUUAGAAGAACGUUUGGUGGUGAGUGAUUUGGUGCUGGGAAUGCAUAGCAAGAAUAGCAUAAAUAACUGUUGAAAAGAAAGAACCUUUUGUAUGUAUGUGUUAUAUCAUUUCAUAUGGUGAUCAGUUAUAUAUAUUUCUGUUGCCUCAAUGUGCUUUAUCUUUAAA